AUGAAGCCAGAUGCCGCGUUACCUCAUAACCACGAUGAAUAGUAGGGAAUGUUGUGCAUGUUGUUAGUAAUCUCAAGUUUAGUCGCUACUUGACGACUCUGUCGAGCCCGCACCGCAUCAGCCGCCUCAGGAACUCACGGUUCAAGAGAACACUGUUCGAACGACGCAGAAGUGUGUCUUCCAACAGCAAUGACCCGUGUCCCAUGAAGGAGUUGCAUUAUGGUCAAGUGAUGACAUCUUACCCUCGUUUUGAGGUGACUGCUCCUCCGCCGAUGCUACGGCGUGAGUCGGCGACCCGGUUGUUCCUAAAGUCGGAUGCCGUCUUCAAAGCCUACCAGGAGUUGGAGGAAGGCGAAUCCACAUGGAGAGGUCACCGACCAUCUCUGAUUCCCAAGAUACGCACACAGACGUCGUUGAGUGAUGACCGAGUAAGUUGUUAUUUAUAGUGCUCUUUGAGACAACAUUUAUUGUACCAAAGUUCCCUUCAAACAAUAGUUCUCUUUUCGUAUUUUGAGAUUCGAAUUGUUGCAAAAUACGUGCUAUGUGCGAACUGCAAACAAAACGUCUCCCGAGACUUAUAACAACCUAAACUAAGUUUUAUUCCGAGAUAGCCGGCUGUCAGGCACUCCAAGCCAUUCGAUGCCUCGAUUUGAUAUCAACUUAAUCGACGGUAUUGUCCUAAAGCAAAUAAACCCGGCUUCUAUUUAUCUUGGGUCAGUUAACCGCCAACUAAACUGCCAUAUCCUGGUUCUUUUAUCCCCCGGACUCACGAGGUGGAGUCGAGAGUGGUGGUGUUCGUUCGCGACCGUUUCUUUUCUUUCAGGAUGCGGCCGGGCUCAAAGCUGUUCCUUCGGCCCAGUUCAGACACACCGGUUUCGAACCUGCGCACCAAACGUCACGACCUGAGGGUGGAAGUUGGCAAUCGCCGAACAACCGGAUUCAUCGUUCCAGUUCGGUGCAACAGCCUCAGACGCUUCUGAAGCCAGACGACACCCGACGACGCUGCUCCUCGGCCAUGGAGGCCAUACGUAAGGAGGACCCCGAGAGCGUGUACAAUGUCUUCAAACAGGUAAACAACUUGUUAUUGUAAUUGAUUGUCUAGUAAGUAAUAAAGCAUUCUAGCUUGUUCUUCCCAUGUAAAUAUCACAGUAACCUUGUUGUUCAAAUUGAACUUCGAAGUAUCACGUAACACAACCGAAAUAUCUUUUUCCUGAGGUCAGCAUUCUGAUCUGAGAACAAAACAGAACAUGAUACUCGAAACGUGGGCUCAAAAUGUAAACAUCUGAUUUCAGUUGGGUACUGGUCGAUUUGGCUUUGUCAAAUUAGCACAAAACAAAAGUACGGGCAAAAAAGUGGCACUAAAGUUCUUUCCGAGAAGCUCCACCAAACAAGUAAGUUACUACAACGUAUUAUGUCAGUAAAGUCAAAAGCAUACUAUAAAAAAUAGUAUUUAAAAAUACGAAAAACACGUUUUUAUGUAGUUAUCUUAAAGAAAUUGUAGUACUGUAAAUUGAUUGUAGGCCGACUUCUUGCGAGAAUACAACUACUCCAAACAAUUGUCAGCACAUGUCAAUGUCCUCAACAGCUAUGACGGAGUGUAUCACACGACGAACGAUGAUGCCUUCUACUUUGUGCAAGAGUUCUGUCCUAAUGCAAGUCUCCGGGAGGCUGUUGAAUGCAGCAACGCUGGUAAGUUACUCUGAAUUACACAAAAAAUAUAAAAUUAAGUAAUUUGUAUUGUUACUAAACACAAUUACAAGCUAAAAUUACAUUUUGGAGGAAUCGGGGAAGAAAAAACUCGAAAGCUGUUCAUCUCCGUGCUGACUGCAGUAGAAUAUAUGCACUCAGAAGGACUGGUUCACAGGAAUCUGAAGGCCGAGAACAUUCUACUCUUCGACCCCUUGGACUUUUCCCAAGUCAAAAUUACAGACUUCGGGUUGACUAGAAAAGUGGAUUCUACUGUAAAACAUCUGGAAUACACCAACCAGUACCAUGCGCCAGAAUUGUGCGAUACAGUGGUUAACGAAAUGUGUACCGUGACCAAAGGAUUGGACAUAUGGGCGUUAGGUACGUUUGGUAAAGUUGUAGUUUUAUGUUCCGUAAAAAUCUCUACGCCUCAUUUUAACCUUAAAAUGUUAACUGUUAACUAACUAUAUCAUAUUGUUGUAGGAGUAAUAUUCCACUACUGUCUAAAAGGUAAGCACCCCUGGCAAAAAGCAAGUAUAAUGUGCAAGCCUUACUAUGAAUGGGAACAGUGGAUGAAGCACAAACUGGCCCAGUUACCUCGAAGAUACGAUUGCUUCACAGAAAAAGGUAUAAAACUUCAGAAGCGAUGUUUAAACCCGAGGAUAAAAGAUCGUUGGACUGUUAAAGACAUAAAACGUUGCGUUGAAAAGGAAAAGUUCCUAAAACCUCAGAAGACGAUGAACAAACACUUGGUAAGUACAAGAAAUCUGACCUACUACAACAUACCUUAUGGCGUUAAUAUACCAUAAAAAAGAAAAAAAUCUACAAAUAUAAUCACUUUAAUUAAACUUACUGUUCUUUUAAACUAAUGCUGAUGCCCGUACUAUGUUGUUUUAGUUGAUGGACGAAUUUGACGAAGAAGUGGUCGAAAAGCGGCCAGGCAAAGGAAUACACGGCUGGAUCUCGAAUACUCUCAGCACGAUGGCCGAGAUCAGCGAACAAGUUGUGUCAGCACACAAUAAGUAA